GCGGUGGUCUCUCUGCUCUUUGUCGGGAUGGCGAAACAGGGGGACGGGGUGGACGCGCAGCGGGAUUCGAUCCGCGAGAUGAUGAGCGACUGCGAGUCGAUGCAGGACGAGAUCAUGGCGCUGCAGGUCAGAUCGGCCGUCGCCCAUGAUGAGGUUGUGAUAUCCUUGGUGCCUUUCCUUCUGGCGCUGUCUCUCCACGAGGAGGAUGCCAGCACUACUAGCCGUAGGAAAAACGCCGCCGCGAGAUGAAGAUGAAGGGACCCCCCCCCCCCCCCUACCCCUCCGGAUCGAACCGGGGCGCGGCUCCUAGCGGUGUAUGAGGAACGAAUCAAAUGGAGAAGUUGAGUUUUCCGUCGGCUGCCUUUGUACGCGGCGCCAGAGCCCAUCUAUGUAUGCAAUAGAUACCCUGUCGUAUUGCCGGGUACAGCAGCAGUGGUCUGAAUGGCGUGUGUUCGCGUGUGCAGAGGGUCGACAGCAGCAGCGCGUUCUUUUCGACAAAGCACAACAAGCCGACAACGAAAAUCAGCCAAGUGUCUACCGGAGGUAUGAUCAUCGUUGAGGCGUUCUUGUUUGUCUGGUGUUGGGAUGCCCUUGUGUGCGUGGGCUGGUCUGUUGUAGUAGUGGAGUAUCAAUAGGGAAUCUUUUCUGUAACGGCUGUGCGUUGCAAAUCAUCAGCGUUUGGUGGGUCUGUUGUUUGGGUGUCCUCGCGUGAAAGGGCUGGUCGUUAGUACGGUGUGUCAAGAGGGUAGAUUGCUGUAACGGCCGUGCAUUGCGUGCAAGCUCGGGGACACCUAGAGACCACGCUCUAUGCCGACGAACCCGACAAUAGACCCGGCCUUUCUUCUGGUUGGCUGCCUGGAUGGAUAUUUCGUCCUUUUGUUGGUGGUGCAGCCAUGCACGACUCUGUCGGAAUUGCCGUCACCAUUCUCGGUGUUGGAUAGUUGUGCCAUGGUGGAUCUUGUGGGUUAGGCAGGUGUGCCAUUGUUACUAGUGUUUGUUGCGCAGAGAAACGCAUUGAUUGGUAAUGUGAUACGUGUGCAUGUUUUUUGUGUUGCGUAGGGUAUCCAGGUGUGUUCUUUUCGUGGAAGGUAUAUGUGUAGAAAAAGAACGAACAGGUCGCCUUGUCGUUCUCGUCGUCGUACAGGAGUACAAAUGCGUUAUGUAUGAUUUUUGUCCUAGGGUUCCCUCACUGCUGUCAAUUCGGGAGAGCAUUGAAUGUGAUUUCCCAGGUGUGCCCUUAGAUUUGCUAGGUUCGGUAUCCUAGGCGUGACCGUUGUUCUGUAUAGCGCGCGGUGUCCUUCCGUUAGCCGGGUUGGGGGUGCAUCGCGGAGAGCGUGUGAUCUUUGUCGGAAAGAAGAAGCAUCGUAUGGCAGCUGGCUGAAAAUGGUGAGGUUGGUCUAUCUUGUGAUUGGCAAUGACAUCUUGAACGCG